CGAACAGGCGUCCAAGACCCGUCGCGACUCUUUUAGAAUCAUUCAAAUUUCCUCUCGCCUAGGUGCUUCACCGUCGUCAAAAUUUCAAUGGCUGUAUCUACAUCGACAGGCUUCCCUCUACCCCAGGAGCUGACCGACAUGAUCAUCGGCGAACUCAAAGGAAACCCCUCCUCUCUAUUCGCUUGUUCUCUUACCUGCCGCUCCUUCCUUUCACCUUCUCGUAGGCAAAUAUUCUCUGCCGUGGGCUUCGACAACGCAGAUCACAUCCGACGAUUUUACGUUAUAUGCACAGAAUCCCCAGAAAUAUCCUCUUGUGUAAAUUAUCUGUUCCUACAGAAUUUUUCACACUGGAGUGUCACGGCAGAUGAGCAUUUAACGCCCAUCGUGAAAUCCCUAGUUAAUCUUGAAUCUCUCUCGUUGCUCGACGUCUCGUUCCGCGAUCUUUCAAAGGAACUCACCACGAUGCUUUCCUCAUGCCCACUGCAGGUCCUGGCUCUUUGGGACCUAACGGUGGAUGACACUCAGGCAUUAUGUUCGUUUCUUCGCCACUGUCAUCAACUCCACACGAUGUCGAUAUCUGGCAAUCUCAUCGUUACUGGUGGCCAGGCUGACGUCUCCAUGUGUGAAGACAAUGACCCUUCCGUCGUAUCCUCUCUCCGACAUCUAGUUAUUACAUGCUUGAGCAUCUCACCAUACGCAUGCAAUACGAUGGCGACCCUUAUGACUAUUUCAGCCUAGAGAACCUUUCGCUUCUGAAAAGAAUCAUAGACCUCAACCGUGAUAACGACACGCUAAUCCGCGUUUCAGCCUUGUUCAUACUAACAUACAUCGAUAGCCGCACCCCUUCUCUCUUUGAUCUUCCCCUAUCUCACCUACGUGCCCUAUCUUUGUACCUAGGAGAUUUCCCUGAUAUAUUGAGAGUCAGUCCGCUUCCUAUCCUAGGCUGGUGGACGAACGCGCUCAGACCAUCGCCUAACGUCCCGACCCGUCUGGAGUCUCUAACGAUCCGACUUUAUCUCGAUGCCCAAAGCACCCACUUUCGUUCCUCCGCGUGUAAAGGGGCAUGGGCAAAUCUGGAU